CCCAGCACAGAACCGGGAGAGGUGACAGGAGACUUUCCGCUCGGCUCCGAGACAUGGAGUGCAUUGAAAGGACUCAAACACUGUGAAAGUUUGCUUUUUUCGGAUAUGGAGAGAGAAACGAAAAAACAGUUAGUGCCAUCAGCCAUCAGUCUCGCCUGAGGUCUGAGGUGCAGCGGAGGAUGACACCUGCACCCCGCCGGGCGAGGACCGACACGUUGUUCCACACUUCAUCUUUGGAGAAGAGCAGGUCAAAGCUUCUGCAGAAGAAGAGACUUUAAUUCUGCUCACACAGCAGCACCCUGCUCGCUUCUGUCUCCAGUUAUCCACUGCAGAAACAUUUGUUUUGCGCUCCUUUAUGUGUUUGCACCGUCGCGGACUGCGGCAAAAUCUCGUACCCGGACAUCUCGUACACACAGGUCAGUCAGACGUUGUCAUGUCUGCUCUCAUCUCUUCAUGCUGUCUCCCUGUCCAGAGUUCACAUCAGCUGGAUUUUAAGAAAUAAAAGAGAGCUUUGCUUCACACUCGUCCCCUCUCUUCACCACAGCACAGAGGCAGCGUAAUCUGCGGAGCUCUGACUCACCAUGGGCACUGUACUAUCCCUGUCUCCCGGCUCUCGGAAAUCAGGCUACUAUGACAACCGGCCGGGCUCGCUCAGCCACUACCCGAGCAUCAGCAGCCGCUCUCUCAACAGCCAGAAAGACCGUGGGCUAAAGAGGGGGCAGUCCAUCUUCCUCCCAGCGCUCACGUGGAAGCGACUGGUGGCCUCUACCAAGAAGAAGGGCAACUCCAAGAAAGGCCCCGGCGGUCAGGUGGCCCUCGGGGACCCUCUCAACAACAACAACAACAUCAAUAUUUAUCAGAAGGACCCCGUGUUGCACCUCAACCGAGAGAAUGUGAAGAAGUCGUUGUCAUGUGCCAACCUGUCCAGCUACGAGGGCCCAGCAGGACUGGGGCUCGGUCUGGGGCUCGGCUACGGCCUGGGGAUGGGUCAGGGUCACGGGUGCGGAUACAGCAAGUCCCAACAGCUCUCCUCUGUGAAGAAAGUCCCCCAAGGGACGGUGGGUUCGUCCCCUAAGCGGGUAAUUGUCCAGGCGUCCACCAGCGAGCUCCUGCGCUGCCUUGGGGAGUUCCUGUGCUGUCGCUGCUACCGCCUGAAGCAUCUGUCUCCGGCUGACCCGGUGCUGUGGCUGCGGGCCGUGGACCGCUCGCUUCUGCUGCAGGGCUGGCAGGACCAGGCCUUCGUCACGCCGGCCAACGUGGUCUUCGUCUACAUGCUGUGCCGAGACGUGGUGGACGGCGACCUGGUGGCAUCGGAGCACGAGCUGCAGGCCAUCCUGCUCACCUGCCUCUACCUGUCCUACUCCUACAUGGGCAACGAGAUCUCGUACCCGCUCAAGCCCUUCCUGGUGGAGGCGGGUAAGGAGGCCUUCUGGGACCGCUGCCUCGCCAUCAUCGACGCCACCAGCGCAAAGAUGCUGCGAAUCAACGCAGACCCGCACUUUUUCACACAAGUUUUUGCUGAACUGAAGAGCGAAGGCGGCUGCGGGCCUCAGGACUACAGUCGGGUGCUGGAUCGGUGAGAGGACGUUUACUGACCGCAUGCCUUUGUGUACACACAUGCACACGUAAACUUGCACAUUUGUCUCAUACAGAUUCUCCUGCGGCCCUGCAGGAGCAACAACGGCCUAUCUUAGCAGAGUUUAACCCUUUGAAACCUGG